ACGAUGGGUGAUGGGAGGUUCAACGGACCCAUCAUCGCUGCUGAGCAUGUAGCUGAGAUGAUCCCAGAGGACCGUCGUCAACACGUCAGAAUACUCGACAUUGCCGCAGGUACCGGUGCUGCCGGCCGCGAACUGCACAAGAAAGGAUUCACGAACAUAGAUGCCCUGGAUCCCUCAGAAGGAAUGCUGAACGUUCUUAAAGAUAAAGGAGUGUACAAGAUUACGUAUCAGGAGUUCAUAAGCCAGAACCCAACAACCAUUCCUCAAGCAUCAGCCUUAGCAGCUAAAGCUUUGACUAAGAGAAUCUACUUGGACUCUAAAGUCUUAUAUAGCCUCAAGUGUUAUACCUGGUGUAGGUUUAGCUCUCAAUUUAGAGUAGAGAUUGGCUAUAGCAAUCUCUUUGUUACAAUAAUUGAGGUGAAACAACUGCAUGGCAAUAAUGUAGUCGUCAUCGCUAAGAAUCAGUUUGUCAAUAACUGCUUUUGCUUCACCUCUCAAGAUACGUAUGACGUGGUGGAGACCUGUGGCGGCAUGGGUGAGAGCCACUUGCCUGUUCAAGGCAUCAAUGAAUUUAUCCGGGUCGUCAAGCCAGGUGGUCUAGUGAUAAUUUUGAUGUUGAUGAAGCGUCUGUUGGAGGUGGAGGCAUACAAGGACAAGCUGGAGCCUCACAUGGACCAUCUAGAGCAACAGGGGCUGUGGCACAAG